CUGGGUCAGACAUUGGAUCGUCUGGCCCGACAGCGGGCAUCGGGUCACCAGGCAUGACAGCGGGCACUGGGUCAUCAGGCAUGGGAUUGUCUGGCUCGACAGCGGGCAUCGGGUCACCAGGUAUGACAGCGGGCACUGGGUCACCAGGCAUUGGAUCGUCUGGCCCGACAGCGGGCAUCGGGUCACCAGGCAUGACAGCGGGCACUGGGUCAUCAGGCAUUGGACCGUCUGGCUCGACAGCGGGCAUCGGGUCACCAGGCAUGACAGCGGGUACUGGGUCAUCAGGUACCGGAUCGUCUGGAUCGACAGCAGGCAUCGAGUCA